CGGGGUUCCAAUCGAUGUCUACCCUGUACCUUGCAGCACAUCCGUGAUCCGGUUUCCGCCCACUUGUCUCAAUCAGAUCGGAGUGAUGAAUUUGAGUUCUAUGUUCCGGUCCAGCUACCACCAGAUCUCGAUACACGACGAAAAGCGCAAAGCGAAGUCACCUGUCCUCACUCCAUGUGUGUGCCUCACGAUCAGCACAGAAAUUCGGCUCGAUCUCCAAUGUGAUCGGGAUGGCAACGGAAUAGGG